AUGCCUACCAUCGGCCAAGUUUACCAGCUUUCCAAGACUGAAGAAGAUACUUCAACGAUUGGUACUGCGUACGGAGAUAUCAGCAUUCUCGGCCAGAAGGUCCGCAAGACCCAGUUUGCCAAUCCUUUGAAUCAAGCCAUCCUUUUUCUCCAUCCACACUUGACCCAAACCUACAACCCACUCAAAGGCCGAACUCUGAGCACCAAUGGCCCUAUCCGCGCUGGAGAGCUCCUCAUGGCCGACCUCCCCUAUGCCGUGCUGCCAACCGUGGCCGUUGGGGGUGGCGACGACUCCAUUUGCAGCAACCUGGGCUGCAGUCGACGCGUUUCCCGGCAUGCAGCAAAUAGCGUUACAUGCGAGACUGGUUGCUCUCUCGAUAUCUGGUGGUGUAACGAGUCCUGCAAAGAUGAAGACCAGGCCCGUCACGACGUCGAGUGCGCCUGGCUGAAGAAGUACAGCCCCGUUCUCCGCCAGGAACUCGGCGAUCACGAUUAUUACAUGCUUUGGAUCAUCAUCCGACUCCUUGCAGCCCGCAACUCACAUUCCAAGAUCGCUUCGUUAGCGGCUGGAAAAGGCGUCCAGCUCCUCCGAAGCAACCGUGACUCCUGGCCUACAUCUCAGCUUCAACACUGGUCCACUCUAGCCGAAAAAUAUUUGCUACAAUCUUCGCUCCUCCCGGAAACCCUCGACCUCGAUACCCUCGUCGACCUGAUCUGCGCCGAGGAAACCAACGUUUUCGAACUUUGCCCCGGCCCGACGGAGAUCAUCCCACACCAAUCUCCGGGCGUCGAGCGCGGCACGCAGUACGGCCUAGCUGUGUUUCUGCGCAUCACGCUCGCAAAUCACUCUUGCGCGCCCAAUGUGACACACCAAGCCGACGACCGUGGUCGAAUGAUGGUGACUGCACUGCGGGACAUCGCGCCAGGCGAGGAGUGUUGUACCUCCUACUUCGACCUGUCUGAAUACGUUGACCUGCAGGCACGUCGAAAGAAAACUCAGGAGUUGUUCACAUUCACGUGUACGUGCCCGAGGUGUUUGCAGGAGGAACGGGCCCAGAAUUAUGGCGCUACUCCGUAG